CCAGUUCCAACAGUCCGGUUGAAUUGAUAAAAUGACAGCUGUCAAAUUCCGUCUGUAAAAUGUGAUUAUUUUAUACUGUAUUUAAAAAUAGAAAUAAAGGGGCGUCAAUUUUCUUAAUUGUCACAAUCAUGAGAAAUUGUCGCUUUUAAAAGUGUAAUUACUAAUUCGAAAAGACUGAAAUUUAAAGUCUCUGCAUGUAUACAUGCGAGAAUAAUGAACUUAACCUAAAAAACAGUCGGUGUUUGUUAUUCUUUCUAUAACAAAAUAUAUAUUAUGGACAAUAAUUAAAAACAUUAUUGUAAAUAUAUCAAAAUGAGUCCUGCAUUGUUGGACAAUGAAGAACGAUGUUUGGGUGGAAUGACAUUUUUCGCUCGCAGUCAUCCGAUCGAACUUUGCGGCAGCAAUGGACUUCCAUUGACUCCAAAUUCAAUAACAAUUUACGGGAAAUCUCAAUUUUUGAAGACUAUUCAUCAUAGACAUUUGUCAACUUAUCUCGAUAUUAUUCGCAGUAAACACGAAAGAACGGUGGUGGUGGCAGAAUGCAGUGGAAAACAAUUGGGGUACAUGGAAAAUUUAUCGUUGAACGAUAUUAUAAAAAUUGCUUAUCAAUGUCUUUUGGGAUUGAGGCACAUGAAUAAAUAUGGAUUGGUUCAUCGUUAUUUGAGUCCGGAGAAUAUUUUAAUUAAUAAAAAUGGCGACGUGCAAUUGUACAAUUUUGGAUUGUAUUACAUGACGGACGGUGGAAAAAGUGUCUCCUUUCCAAUUGGUUAUCCAAAGCACACUGCACCCGAAGUUUUUCUAGGAUCGGGUCCAAGUGGAUUGAAAGUCGACUCCUGGUCACUGGGAAUAAUAAUAGCGGAACUUUUGCUACAGCAAACAAUUUGGCCUGGAGUUAAAUUGUCUCAAUGUUUACGCAAAGUUCUGAGUCUCAUUCACUGUAAAUCGAGUAUUUUCGAACGUCUGGCUCGAGAAAAUAAUUGCUACGAUACGUAUUUGUCUCUUCCAGAGAAUGUGAAGGAAUUUAUCGAUAAUUGCCUACAAAUUCGUCCGUCGCAACGUAAAAUACCAGAGGAACUUUUGCAAUUGCCAUUGUUUGAGAGUCUAGUCAAGUUGGACAAAAAUGUCGAGGACAGUGAUGAGAAUAAUAGUCAGGAUAAAAUAAUAACGAGAAAAAUGGAGGAAUUGUAUUAUUUAUGGCAACUUGCCGGCGGUGAUAUAACAGUUGAAUUGAAGAAACAGGGAUUAAUACGUUCCAGACCGCCGAUACUUUCAAUUCCAAAUUUAGUGAUACUUUUGGGCCACAUGUUCGGAAGAAGGGACACAGCGGGAUUAUUGGAUCUUCGAGUGGUAAAAGUUCCUCUCGACACUCUACGACAAAGAUUGUCUCAUAUUCAAUUUAUUGCAAAUUAUCCAAGAUUAACGAAUCAAAUGCACGUACAAGCACAGGACGAUUUGACCGAUUCGGCUUCUCAACUUCCGUUAAUAAUUCGUGAAAGGGACACGGAAUAUCAAUUUUACAGACUUGUUCUCUACGAUAGAUUACUGCAGAUUUAUCCAAUAACGAGAAAUGCGAUAAUCCGCGAGGCACACAAAGAUAUUCCUCCGCCUGUCAGGGGCGCAAUUUGGGCGGCAUUGCUCGAUAUUACCGGAGACAUUGAAAAUAAAUACGAGAGAAUUGAUAAAGAGACUCCAACUCACACCGAUAGACAGAUUGAAGUCGAUAUUCCGAGAUGUCACCAGUACAGUGAAUUACUGUCAUCCGGCACUGGACACGAGAAAUUACAAAGAUUAUUAAAAGCCUGGGUUCGCGAUAAUUCACAUUAUGUUUAUUGGCAAGGACUCGAUUCUCUCACAGCGCCAUUUCUCUAUUUAAAUUUUAAUAACGAAGCACGAGCUUUCGCCUGUCUCUCGGCCUUCAUUCCAAAGUAUCUUCACAAAUUUUUCCUAAAAGACAAUUCAUUCGUAAUUCAGGAAUAUCUCGGGAAAUUUUCCCAAAUCAUUGCAUUUCACGAUCCACAAUUGGCAAAUCAUUUGAAAUCGAUUAAUUUUGUUCCUGAACUGUUCGCAAUUCCUUGGUUCCUGACAAUGUUUUCACAUGUAUUUCCACUUCAUAAAAUUCUUCACUUGUGGGAUAAACUUCUAUUGGGAGAUUCUUCGUUUCCCCUUCUCGUUGGACUUGCAAUUUUAAAACAAUUACGCGAUUUUCUACUCACUUCGGGCUUCAAUGAAUGUAUUUUAUUAUUCUCGGAUUUGCCCGAAAUUGACAUUGAACAAUGCGUCAAGGAUUCAAUGACGAUGUAUCAAAAAACACCGACCAGCAUCACUUACAGGAAACAUCAAUUCGAUCAGACAAAGUCUGCAAAUUGGAUUGAACCGGAACCGGGAACGGAAAAAAUGCCAAGAAUCAGUGUCGAGGAUUUUUUGCGAUUAUUAGACGAGAAUCCGGAAAAAUUAAUAAUCGUCGAUAUUCGCAGCAACACACAAUUCGAGAGAUCGUCAGUGAAAGGAAGUAUUAAUAUUCCCUUUACGAGUGUUCAACUUUCGCAAACAAAUCUCGAGACUCUAGGGCCACAGACGAAACCUUUAGCGGAAAAUAAGGAACGUCUGGUUGUGAUAAUUAGUCCAAACGAUCAAAAUAAUGCUCUCUUUGCAGAAUUUUUAAUGAGCUGCCAAGUUCCUGGAAUUUGUUCUCUUCAAGGGGGAAUUUACGCUCUUCGUUCAAAAUCACCAAACGUUUUAAUCUCAACUCGUGUUAAUUAACAAAAAAAAACUCAAAAAUUUUACAGAAAUUUCAAAAUAAUUGAAAUUAAUUAAGUUUGUACAUAAAAAUAUCUAUUUUUUAUCAGAUAUAACAAAA